CCCGUCUUUUCCAGCCAGAAUAAUCAGUCUCUAAGUUUAUAAGCGUGUUUUCAGUUUCUGAUGGUAGAAAUCAAGGAAACCGUGUUCGAUCAUUAGGGAAAGGAAACCGUAAAGAAAGCCCAUGAAUAUUUUGAUAUUUUCAAAAUAAAAGUAAACGAAUAUUUGUUCCAGAUAAACCUCAGAAAUUAAAAUGGAGUCAAAGAAAAAAAGAAGUGUUAGUUUCGAUCAGAACGUGCGGAAAAUAUUGCCAUCAGCGCCGCCUGUGGGAAGUAUCGAAGAUAAGGAUCCGGAAGAUGUAGACCAUGUCACUGCUGAGCGUCGUAGUUACGAGGCGGGACGUGCAACAACGGAAACCGAUGUUUCAACCACCAUGCCGGUCGUUAGACCUAGUUUUUUACACUCUUUUACUAACAAGACCCAGCAGGAGACGACGUGUGACGAAAGAACGCCUCUUCUCAAUGGUAGCCCCCAACAACGUCGACGUCAUGCCUACGAUACCACAGAUGACUAUAAUACGGAACCCACCAGUCCACAAGAAGAAGAGUCAGAUGAUGAAGAAGAAAAGAAGCCGCGCUGGAUGACUAUCUUGAAUUACGUGAAGAUUGCAGUGUUAUCAGCAUUUAUCAUUUUCACUGUGGUGGCUCUUAGCUUUAUACCGGAACGAGAAGAAACGUGGGUCAAUGUUGCAGUCCAAGAAAGUGAUCCUUUUUAUUUAAGUUUGUCCCAAGAACUCGACCCUUUCUUUCCAGUUCUUCGUAUUCAAGCGAGGGGGCCGUUUCUACCAGACCAGUUCUCAAGUAUCUCCAACGUUGAUGUCUUUUUUACAAUCGUUCACUUAUCAGAAAACGAAACUAAAAUACCUCUACAACCUACGUGGAUUGCACCAAUUGCUCCAGUCGAACAUGGAUCAGAAGUCGGAUCCAAUCUUGUCGAGCAUACUUUUACAUUUGCUCAAGAGGAUUUGUCAGAUGAUCAUAAAUAUCAACUAAUGAUUAGUACUAGCGAGAAAAAUGACGUUUCGAUGUCAGUGAGUGUAUCCUCCUUCACCGAACUCUCUACAGACGGCAUAUUUAUGGCAGCAGCUGUACUUAUUGGUUUAUAUAUUCUUAUUAUUUUCGAAAUGGUACAUCGAACCCUAGCGGCUAUGAUAGGAGCAACAGUUGCCAUCGCUUGUCUUGCCUUAAUUCAAGAUGUAAGUUUAUAA